AUGCAAGAAAUGCCAUUGACUCAUCAUAAGAUAUAGUUGGACAGGGAUGUCGAAUCAAUAAAGGAUUGCCAAAUUUGUGAAUAUAAUAAUAUAAUAAAUGAAGAAAUAGAGGAAAUAUAUUUUAAAUCUUUUAUUAAAAAUAUAUUUUAAAAAACCAAAAAUAUUAUGACUGACUUGAAAGAGAAGAAAGUAGAAGAUGAACAAUAAACUAAAAAAAUUAGAAUGAUUGUUACAUCUAGAAGUGCUUAAGAUUUGGAAAAUUUCACUAAUUAAGUUAUUGAAAAGACCAGAGGACUUCAAGUAAUGAUUACAUUUCAACAUUAAGAGAGAUUAAGGUGCACAAGUUGUAUUCAAAGGACCAGUUAGAAUGCCAACAAAGCAUCUUAAAAUGACUGUCAGAAAGAGUCCUUGCGGUGAAGGUUCAAAGACUUGGGAUAGAUUUGAAAUGAGAGUAAUACAAUUAAUUAAGAAUUAGAUUCACAAAAGAGUAAUUGAUUUCUAAUGCACUCUACCAGCUUUCAAAGAUAUUACAAACUUCAAGAUUGGUCCAGGAAUUAAUGUCGAAUUAAACGUAGAAUAAUAAUGAUUAGUGAUAAUAUUAAAUAAUACAUUAAAUCUAAAUACAUUA